ACGUGGCUGGGGAGAUGGCGGGCUGGCUGCGCGGGCCGCUGGCGCUGGGAGGCUGCGGGCUGCUGCUGCUGGGCUCGGCGCUGGCGGCGGGCGACGAGCGGCUCUACACGGCGGUCGUGAUGCCCGCGCUCCGCGUCCUCCCACCCGAGACCGCCCACGGGCUGGCCCUGCGCGCUGCCGCCCUGGGGCUGCUGCCGCCCGCGCGUCCCGACGGCCCCGCGCUGGAGGUGCGGGUCCUCGGGCAGCGCUUCCGCAACCCGGUGGGCCUGGCAGCCGGCUUCGACAAGCAGGGCGAGGCUGUGGACGGGCUGUACAAGAUGGGGUUUGGCUUUGUGGAAGUGGGGACUGUCACACCUCGGCCCCAGGAGGGGAACCCCCCGCCCAGGGUCUUCCGGCUGGUGGAGGACGAGGCCGUCAUUAACAGGUUCGGGUUCAACAGCCACGGCCACGCUGCGGUGGAGCACAGGCUGCAGGCGCGGCGGGAGACGCAGCGCAGGCUCACUGGCGCGGGAAUGCCCCUUGGAAUCAACCUGGGCAAGAACAAGAACUCUGCUGAUGCUGCAGCUGACUAUGUGGCUGGGGUCCAGACCCUGGGCCCUUUGGCUGACUACCUGGUUGUGAACGUGUCCAGCCCGAACACCCCCGGGCUGCGGGACCUGCAGGGCAAGGCUGAGCUGCGGGAUCUGCUGACCAAGGUGCUGGUGGAAAGGGACAUGCUGCCCUGCGAGCACAAGCCAGCCGUGCUGGUGAAGAUCGCCCCUGACCUCUCGGCACAGGACAAGCAGGACAUUGCGAGUGUCGUCUGUGAGCUUGGUGUGGACGGGCUGAUUGUCAGCAACACCACAGUGAGCCGCCCCGGCAGCCUCCGGAGCCGGCAGCGCUCGGAGCCCGGGGGCCUCAGUGGGAAACCGCUGCGGGAGCUCUCCACGCAGACCAUCAGGGAGAUGUACGCCCUCACCAGAGGCCGGGUGCCCAUCAUCGGGGUGGGGGGCGUGAGCAGCGGCCGCCACGCCCUGGAGAAGAUCCGCGCGGGAGCCUCGCUGGUGCAGAUGUACACGGCGCUGGUGUACCGCGGGCCGCCCGUGGUGGGGGCCGUGAAGAGGGAGCUGGAGGAGCUGCUGAGGGAGCAGGGCUUCAAGAACGUGAUGGAGGCGGUGGGAGCGGAUCACCGGCCCUGAGGCGCCGCGGAGCCGCGCUCUGGCUGGGAGGAGCCGUGGCCAAGCAGGAACGGGGCUGGGCAGGCUGGGGCUGAGCUGAGGUCCUGGUCCCAGCCCUGGGAAGGGUCAGUGAGGGGUGAGGCUGGGGCUGUGCUGCUGGGGAGCAGGCGAGUGAGCCUUGCUGCCCAGGGCUUGUUUUGGCUUUCCCGUGGGUUGGGCUCCCCAGCAGACCCAGUGCUGGGUACAGCUCUGAGGGCAAAGCCCUGUGACCUGCUCCUGUGCAAUCCUUGCCCAUGGAGGGCUCACCUGCCCUGCUGUCUCUGCACACAGCUGGGGGCAACCAGAGUGUGGUGGGUCCCUUCUGCCAGGGUCCCCACAGCCUGUGGUGGCUGGUGACUGGUCCUCCUGCCCCACAGCCCCUGCAGCAGGAUCUGCCCUCCCUGUCCUCCUUCCUUCUCCAGACAGUCCUGUAACAAAUGUAACAAACAGUUCAAUAAAUGUUUGGCUCACCUGG